AUGACGGAAACGGUGAAGAUAAAAACUGAACGGCCAGAUGAAGCCGAGAUCAGGGAACUGGCUGCUAAGAUGGUGGAGGCCAAUAAGGCGAAAGCCUUGGCCGCGUCGGUGGCGGCCGCGCGACCGCAACCCGGCGCGCUGCUGGGAGCUUCCGCGCCGGCUGUCGGCGGUCAGAUGGGUAUACUUAACUUUCUUACAAGAAAACCGGGAACAACUCAGCCUGCCGCCGAACAGAGGCCACCGGCUGAUGAUAAGAAGACCCCGGCUCCUGACGAAGCGAGUUGGAAGGGUCACUUCGGCUGGGACAUGCUCGGUAAAUGUCACAUUCCCUACAUAUACCGAUCUGGAGAGAAGUAUGUGGCCGUUCGUAUGGUAGAGAUCAAACUCCUAAACAAAUACCUGAAUUACCUCCACGCAGACAUAUACUCGUGCACUUGUAUAAGAAGUUACUACAUCACAGAUAUAGAAGCGAGAUUACUCAAUGAGAUCAACAAUAGGCAUUGUGACGGCCAGUUCGGUCGGGAGCCGUUUACCCAGAAGGAUCUGGUCGUCCGGUUAUCUGAUGCUUACGAGUUCUAUAACUUCCUAGACGUGUGUUACAACAAGCUUCUACGAGGCACUACAAAUAACAAGGAUAAGUGUGGCUUCAUUAGGAUAAAUAAAGAAUCUGUAGUUCCCUACACAGUUAGGGACAGUCAGAAGUUUGUGCCGUUGUUCUAUUUCGAAGGAGAGACUGACAAUUUAAAGUUAAAGGCCGACCAGUUGAAAGGUUGGGACUUAUCGUACUUGAAGUUCUGUUGUAAAGUGCAAGGUAUAAGAAAUGAACUGUUUGCGAGUGAGACAUGUUCAGUGAUCAGUUUGACGGACAUUAAGAGUUACUUCCCACCGGGUACCGAGUUUGAGGAGUACUGGCCUAACAAAGUGGUCGAUUCACAGCUACUGAUAUCUGCUAAAGGUUCAGUGUCUGGUGGAGGUCAAUGGACGCGAGCGCCCCCAGCUCCUCCGCCAGCUGUUGGUGUGGGGAGCAGCGUGUCUCUCACAAGUGUACCUCGGGGGCGGCGCCCUACUCAGCGUCACUCGCCAGCCUCAGCUGCCAUGCAGAUGCCCCACGCAGGCCUCUCAGCGGCCGCUGUGCAAGCCCUAGCCAAUGGUUGGAGCCUCCCUGGGUCUCUAACACAGGCACAGACACAGCAAGUCCUUCGGCUAGCACAGGCGCAAGUGGCUGCGCAGGCGCAGGCAGCGGCGCGGUACAACAAUGCUGCUAUAGCAGCAGCGGCUGCAGCACUGCCGCAGCAUAGGUCGCAGCAUUCCAGGACCGUACAGUUUCCGAACAGUGCGAUAACAAUGGCGAUGAGCCAACAGCCGCCGCCGCCGCUGGUGAGGAGCUCCGCCAACACCAACACUAUGAAUGUACCCCCACAAGUGACUGGCUCCAUGAAUGGUCACACUACCUCUCACUCAGUGGACACUCGCAAACGACUCACUCCAAUACCAGAGAUCAGUAUAAGUGGAAACCAUACGCCGUAUAAGGUCCAAAAAGCGUUGGUAGAGAACACAAUGGUUCCGUGUAUCAAUGCUAAGCCGUACCAAUAUGCUGAUCUCCUAAUGACCCUACCUGACCUCGCCAGCCAUUUCUUUCCACGGGUGUCUCUCACAAACUGCAGGGCCAUGUUAGAUGCUCUGGAACUAACGCUAUAUAGACCCAACUCUACACAACUACAAGUGCUGCGAAACUCUGGCAAGUGUAAAACCGCUGCUGCCGGCGAGAAUAGUAUGGCGUUGGUUCAGAUCCGUGACGUCAUGCAGCAUAUGCCCCAGAUAAAAUACAUGCUGCGGUCAGGACUAGCUAACGAUGAGCCUCUGCAACCUCCUCGACCAGCCCACGCACAGCCGAGCCACGCUAAGAGGGCUCGGGCCAAUUAA